AGCCUACCAUCUUUCUCCCCCCCCCGGAUGAUAUGCGAAGAACCGCCUUGCGAUCUUCACUCUGUUUUUUCUUCUGCAUGAAUCAUCGUUGUUGGGUCGCCGAGGCAAAAGUUUAGAGGCACGAAUUGGUGCUUGUCGAAGCUGAGAAGCCAUGGAUAUGCAGAGUGAUUUCGAUAGGUUGCUGUUCUUCGAACAUGCUCGCAAAGCCGCCGAAGCUACCUACGCUAAGAACCCAUUAGACGCCGAUAACUUGACGAGAUGGGGAGGGGCUUUAUUGGAACUGGCCCAGUUUCAGAGCGUCUCAGAUUCAAAACAAAUGCUGCAAGAUGCCAUCUCGAAGCUGGAAGAAGCCUUGUCGGUGGACCCGAAGAAACAUGAUGCUCUUUGGUGCAUCGGGAAUGCUCAUACCUCUUACGCGUUCUUGACGCCUGAUCCGGAUGAAGCUAGAGUUUACUUUGAUAAAGCUACUCAGUUUUUUCAAAGAGCGGUGGAUGAGCAACCAGAGAACGAACUCUACCGGAAAUCACUGGAAUUGACAGCCAAGGCUCCAGAGCUGCACGUUGAAGUUCACAAACAUGGCGGUUUAGGCCAACAAGCCAUGGGAGCAGCCGGACCUUCCGCGGCUUCAAGUUCAAAGACAUCGAAGAAAAAGAUGAGCAGUGAUCUGAAGUACGAUGUGAUCGGAUGGGUAAUCUUGGCUGUCGGAAUCGUUGCUUGGGUCGGUUUUGCUAAAUCUCAGAUUCCGACAGCUCCUCCUCCUCCUCCACGAUAAUGGAAACAGAGAAUUACCGCUGGGGGUUUUUCCUUUGUCAAGCUGACCGUAUAGUUUGUGGAAUCACACGUAUAUUUUAACCCUUCACUCCACUUUCUGUAUUCUCUGUGUUAUCAUUUUCAACAUCAUUUGUACUUCGAAUUCAAUCUCGUCUUCAAGCUCCAUGAGCCUUUGAAUCU